ACUGCCAAUACACACUUUUUUUCCUUUCCAAUCUGCAAGAAGCCUUAAAAUAAUAACAUUACUGUACUUCCCCAAGUCUGGAUUGCUCUACCCCAAAGCAGCUCGGGGACACUCGGUCACAAAGCGUCACAAGCAGCUCCGUGAACCCGCACUCGACCUCCGCGUGUUGGGGACCGAUAAAGGGAGAUGGCCCGAAAGAUAACUGCUGGCUCUGCUAAGAGAGAAGCUGGAGACUUUGGGGUCCCGAGAUAACCCCCACCCCGCCGUGAGCAGAGACAGGAACCGGGGCUCGGCUGCGGCCACAACGUUUCCUGUUUUACAUUCAAGAGAAAGAGCGAGAGCAGCAAAAUGAGGUGGUUGGCAAGACGAUGGCAGUUGGAGCGUGUCCGUGCCCGAUAACCCCCCUGCUCACCCAGAGCCGACAAGGGGUAGGACGGGACCCCUGGGGGCAGCCUACGUGAUUGACACUGGGAGGCUGGAACAUGAACCAACAAGACGCGCUUAUUUUUUCUCAUUUCCCUUGAAGCAAGAAGUGUAACAGCUUGGAAAGCAAAGAUAAAGGACAUGUUUGUUAAUUAGAGAGGGUAAUUGGGGGUAACAGGAGGAAACAGAGUAUUAGCUUGUCGAGAAGGCCUCAACAGUUUGCUCAGCGUGGGUGGUUACACCAGGACAGAGGACCCUGAAACAGACCGGCAGAGCUGCACCCACCAUGAUCAACCAGCCCCGGAAGCGCCGGGGUGAGAGCUACGAUGAGAAGUGCGAACGGCGGCAUGAGAUGCGGGAGAACCUGCGACGGCGGAACAACGUGACGACCUGUCGGCACCUCGGGAGGGGGCCAGAGGGGUCCCCGCAGAGCCCCCGGCACAGGGAGUUCCUGAGGAGGAGGAACCUGGUGAGCGAUGCUGGGAGGACAUCGCUGGGACAGGAGCCUGGAGGACACGUCCCCAUGGGUCCCUCCUUGCAGGUGGAGCCCGGAGCGCCCGUCCUGCCGCAGCACCCCCAGAGCUGCCCCACAUUCCCCCCGGCACGCUCCCCGCUCGGCCUCAGCGUCCCCCUCGGCAUUUUGGCAGAAACCAUCCCCAGGCGAGGAGCCUCCGUGAACACCCAAGGAACACAGACCCUUACAAACCCCAGCACAGGAGUGAAAGACUCGAGCCAGCAGACAGAUUGUGGAAUAGCAGUUUUAAAUAAGGAAAUGCUGCAGCUAUCCAACUACCUGAAGGAGGCCCUGCACCGUGAGCUGCUGCUCAAGCAGAAGAUGGUGAUUUUGCAGGAGCUUUUCUCCACGUUGCUGCAAGCAUCAGAAAAAUCCUGGCAGGGUCAGCUGAAUGAAGAUAAACUGAAGUGUAAAUUAAGGGCACUUGAAAAUCAACUGCAGGCUUGCACCCAGAGUUACUCAAAGGAGUGUGUGAAGAAGAUCCUGGUGGAGAUGGAGGACCAGAAACAGACCUACGAGCAGAAGGCAAAAGAGGCUCUUCAGAAGAUGCUGGAGGACAAACUCCAAGCAGAGCAGCAGCUGCAAAACUCUCAGAGAAGCCUGGCAGCCACCAGAGAGGACCUCACCUUCUGGAAAGAGCACUACACCACACUCAAAGCCGAACUGACCAAAGUGACCACAGCACACACCGAGCUCCAAAACAGUUUCCACAUCUUGCAAAGCGAACUGCAGCAAACAUCGGCGCAGAAGGAGCAGCUUGAGCAAGCCCUGGGCGUUCUGCAGAGCGAGCACACGGUGCUGCGGCAGCGAGCCAGCGCCCUGCGGGAUGACAACCACCUCAAGGCCGAGCACAUCAGCACCAUCGAAGAUAAAUUGCAGAAAGAACAAAACCAGAAGGUAAUGCUGGAAGCGACAAUCAGCCAUUUACACAAGUUGAUACGGAACCAGACUGAGGAAGGGAAGACCCAGGCGGUGUCCGUGCAAAGGCAAGACCAGGUUUUCACCACGCAGACCCCACCUCUCACUCCUGCCAAGGAAAAACAAAACACUCUGCUAGAGCACCCCGAGGAGGAGGAGGAGGGAGAAGAAAGGCUGAAGGAUGAGAUGCAGAAAAGGACAUCCCAGCUCACAGCAAAGGAGAAGGAGGUACAUAUGGACGUACAGGUAGCAGAGGUGACGAUCCCCCAUCGCUGCGGUCCCCGUGCAGGGGCCAAGCGCUGCAGCCGCUGCGGGAGCUUGGCCACCCUGGGUGCGUACGGGAGCGAGGGGAUCCCUCCUGCUAACGGCCCCUCGCUCUGCUUGCAGUGCACGGAGCUGCGCUCGGAGCUGGAGGCGCUGAGCGAGGAAUAUCGCUCCUGCCUGACCAGGCUGCGCCAGUGCCGGGAUGAGCUCAACCACUUCCAGAGCGAGCAGGCAAAGAGACGGCGCGGUCCCUGGAUCCCUCUCCUGGUGGUGGUGAUAGCAAUGGCCAUAGCCACCUUCCUCGCGAGUUACACACCAUGAAGGACCUUCUCAAUGACCAACUUCACCACAGGAACUGACUUCUGCUUCACCAACAGCGAUGAGCCCUCGCCGCAGCGCACUUCUGCUGUUUCGUACUUAUCUGUUUGGUUCAUGUACUGGGCUGGUCUCAUGCCAGACAAACUCCCACGGCUCAAAUAAACGCCAGGAGAUCCCC